AUGUAUAUAUACCUUAUCGCACUACUCACAAAUUUAAUCGUAAAUACUACUUCCUUCCUACCACCAAAUGUGACGUUAGGUGACUUUAAAGUGUUUUCCGAAAAGCGACACAAGGAAGCUAGACUUGGCAAAAAGUUCAAAUCUCGCGGAACAUCUUCCAUUGCCAGACAUUAUCGACUUGUUGGCCGAGGUGGUGGCUUACCUCGUGUCUACAAGCUUUCUGGUUUACCGACAAAAGAAAUAAAAUUACCAGCACGAAGAUGCGCAGUACUUGGUAAAAUGGAUAAUAGGGGGGCCAAUAAGAUAUCACAUUCGGGCCACAAAACGCGAAUUAUUAAGCGAUUAAAUUUAGCUUGGCAUAGAGUUUGGUUUCCCCAGGAAAAGUGCUUUAUCAAGCUUAGAAUGUCUGCUAGGGGUCUUAAAACAAUGAAGGCUCUAGGGUUUGAAGAAUGUGUUCGGAGGUUCAACUUGGAUCUAAGUAAGGCUAAAUUUGCAGGAUUUCCAAAGCAUUCUGGAAAAUAUAAGGUGCCUGAAUUUUUUAGUCACAAGAAUAGGCAAAAUCGUCUGCCUUUUAUAUGUAAAUUACUGACUACUAGCGGCUAA